AUGCCCGGUGUGGGGCACCGCGGCCCGGGCCGCUGCAAGCCCGGGCAGCACCCCGGGCGCCGCUGCCUGCAGCCGCCCCUCUCCCUGCCCUCAGGCCGCCUGCCUGCGCUGAAGACGCGGGACGAGGGCACCAUCUCCAAAACGCAGCAGAUCAUAACUCACCUCAGGAAACAGAAGUAUAACGCCGACUACGACCUCUCGGCUACGCAAGGGGCGGACACGCUGGCCUUCGUGUCCCUGCUGGAGGAGAAACUGCUGCCGGUGCUGAUCCACACCUUCUGGGUGGACGCAAAGAACUACGUGGAGCUCACGCGGAAGUGGUACACGGAAACCAUUCCCUUCCCCCUCAACUUCUUCCUGCCCAACUGCAUGCACAAGCAGCACCUGGAGCGGCUGCAGCUUCUGUGGGGAGACGGCUACAUGGAGGAUGAGGAGAAGCUGGAGAAGGAGCUCUACCGGGAUGCUCGGGAAUGCCUGACUCUCCUGUCCCAGCGCCUCGGAUCCCAGAAGUUUUUCUUCGGAGACUCGCCGGCCUCCCUCGACGCCUUCGUCUUCAGCCGCCUGGCGCCGCUCCUGAAGGCGAAGCUGCCCAACGGGAAACUGCAGCAGCACCUGAAGUCCCUGCAGAACCUGUGCAACUAUUGCACCUCCAUCCUCAGCCUCUACUUCCCCUGGGACGGAGGUGAGAUGCAUCCCCCCACCUCGCCCCACGGGCUCAGGGUGCCCUGUCCCCCCUCCACCCCCCGGCUUUGCCCCCCCAGGUGA